ACCUCCACACAUGCACACCUGCACUCACACACACAGAAGCACAUGUGUAUACCAUGAACUGAGUGCCUUCAAGAGGAAUUUGUUUUGUCACAGUCUUGAAAAUGAUUUUGGAGUCAGAUAUCAUGGGGGCCAGAAGGUUGCUGUCUAGGGAGGGUACUCUCAGGUUGCAGAUGGCCAUACUCUUGCUGAAUCCUCAGGUGGUUGAACGAUCUCAUUUUGAGAUUGCCAGCCCUAUGAGACUAUGACCUCAUUUCACCUAAGUCUCCAUCAGCUUUAUCUCCAAAUAUGGCCGUUUGCAUUAGGGGUUAAGUUCCGACCUCUGAAAGGGGAACACACCUAGGUACUAAUGGUCAGACUUUAGACAGUGUCUGCAGUUAAAGAAUGCUUGAGAUCAAGGACACAGAGAAGGAACAGCAAAGACCUGGCACCGGCAUUUCCCAGGAAUUCACAAGGAACCAAUGAAGUGAAUGCCUGGGAGGAGGGUUUCAAGGGGACAUUCUGAAUACUGUCCACUCUUGCCAACCUGCCUGUCACUCUUCACAAGUAGAAAGGUUGGAAUACACACUAAAGCAUGGUUUAUUGCUGGUAUCUUCAUGCUGGUGACGGUACAAGUGUCCUUCUGGGGGAUUCUGCAACACUUGGUGCAUUUCACACAACCUGAACUUCAAAAACUUAUUAUGAGGAUUCUUUGGAUGGUCCCAAUAUACAGUUUAGAUAGUUGGUUGGCCUUAAAAUUCCCCAAAGUUGGAAUAUAUGCCGAUACCUGUAGAGACUGCUAUGAAGCUUACACCAUUUAUAACUUUAUGACCUUCCUUACCAAUAAUUUAACAAUUCGGAUCCCGAAUAUAAUGUUACACCUGGAAGCAAAAGAUCAGCAACAGCAUCCCAUUCCACUCUGCUGCUGUCCACCAUUGGCGAUAGGAGAAACGCUGCUCUUUCGAUGCAAAUUGGGAGUCCUGCAGUACACUGUGAUCAGACCAAUUACCACUCUUAUAGCAUUGAUAUGUGAAAUGGUUGGUGUCUACAAUGAAGGGAAAUGUGGUUUCUCCAAUGCAAGGACUUACUUGGUUAUAAUAAAUAAUUUUUCAGAAGUGCAAUCAGUCUUUAUAGCUGUGUUGGUUAGGGUGGGAGUGAUUUCUGAAAAGCGUACGUGGGAAUGGCAGAGUGCGGAAGCUGUGGCCAUGGGCCUGCAGUCAUGUGAAGACAUUGUCAUUGAUAUCCCAGAAGAACAGGAACCUCCUGAUACAGGCCAACAUCGAGACUUAGAAGACACAGAUACUUCACAGGAUGCACUUUCGGAGGCCAACCUAUGUGAAAAUGUAAUUAUUAAUAUCCCAGAAGAGCAGAAGGAGCCCCUUGACUAA